UUCUGUUUACAAUUUGCAAGGCAUUUGACAGUUUUUCACUCUUGUUCUUCUCAACACGGAACUAUGACGUUUCGUAAUGGCGGUCGUCGUAAUCUUGUAUUCUAUCAUUCUUGAUUUUCAAAGGUUUCUGAUUCUAACAUCGCAAUUCGUAAUACCCAUUUAAAGAAAUAACGACUCACAGCGAAAAUAAGUCUUAGUUCAGUAACGACGCAACUUCGAAAAAACGCAAAGAAAAACUUCCGAAAAACGAUCCGAGGAUUGACUAUUGCGUGUACAAAUAUUUCAUUCAAAAAUGUUUACUAAAAACUGUCUAAGAUAUUAUUAAAAACUUAAAACAUUAUAUUUUGAUCAACACUGUUUGCUAAACUCAAAAUUUAAUUGAAAUUGUAUACUCCUUAUGAUGCUCAGAACAUGUUCAUGUACACAUGAUUUAAUCAUACCCAAACGUCAAAGCAUAUCACAAUUCAAAAAAUAUAAACAAUUGGAAUUUCAUAAAUAUUCAAACAAUCCAAAUCAUCAUCAAUUCAAAAUUUACGUAGAAUUUUCUUUAUCUUUCUGCAGUGUCCAUAGUCUUCUAUUUUAAUCAAUAAUAUAUACGAAAGUCACGAAAAAUGCCUUCACGCCAGUUAAUUAUUUUCGACUUCGACGAGACCAUCAUUAGCGUCAACUCCAUGCGUCAACUUUUCCAAUUCAUACCGAAUUAUCGACGCCCUCAAAAGAACGACUCGCAGAAAAAGGGUUGGAUAGAUUACACCAAUAAAGCAUUUAAGGAACUCCAUUCAAUGGGCUACCCGGCGAAUACAAUGUGCAAAUUUAUACGCGCCGUGCCGCCCGUGCCCGGAAUGGUUAAGCUGAUACACUAUCUGUGGAAUUCAACUGAGCCGACUUAUGACUUGAUCUUGAUCAGUGACGGCUAUCGCAUUUUAAUCGCCGAUUGGCUGGAACAACAUGGGAUUUUCCACUGUUUCACUGGUAUUUAUUGCAAUCCCUCAAAGAUCAAUGAUUGCGGAGAGGUUACUGUGAGCGGUUAUCACUGUGCAGAAUGUCCGUAUAGCCCACAGAACUUGUGCAAGCGGCGUGUGAUGGAAGAAUUCAUUUCAAUGCAGAAAGCUCUGAAUAUAAAGUACGAUCGUGUGGCGUACAUCGGAAAUGGUAGCGGGGAUUUCUGCCCUGCAUUGGGUUUGGGAUCCUGUGAUCUUGUGUGCGCACGCAAAUACGAUACUCUGGCUGAGAAAAUUCAACAAAAUCGCAAAAAACUAAAAAUAAAACCGGAAAUUUACUUGUGGGUUAGUGGGUAUGAAUUAAUUGCUAAAUUGGCUCAAAAUAAAGACACAGACAAUCUUAAAAAAUUACCUAAACUAACUUGUUACGGCGUAGUAAACUCAUCUUAAGAAAAAAUUUUAGUGUAAUUUAUAUUUCUUUGCAGCUAAUUAAGUCCUAAUAAAAAUUAAUAACUCUUACGAUUGGAGAAGUGCUCCAUGAUUCAUAUUAUUUGGGUGUCUGAGUAUAUCAGGUAGAGAAUGUUAUAGUUUUCUGAUCUCAUAAGUGCAUUUUGUAGAUGGCCAAAUGGAUCAAACAGCUACAUAAAUUUUAACACAGUCGUAUUUACAACUGGAACUAUUUUGCUAAGUUUUUCCCGUUAUUUUACUCAACGCGAAAUCUCAACUGCCAACGAAAAAGUAUUACAUUCCAUUUUAGAAUUUUUACCUCAAUAUUAACUUGAAAGUAGCCCGUGACACUCCAAAGACAAGCCCAUCAAAAAUAUUUAUGCAUCUAGCUUAUGUGUCAAAGAUAAGUUCGGGUCUUUAUAUAUUUUUGAAGUUUGUAAAAAUUAAGAGCAAUACCAUAUACAAGUAUACAUACUUGUAUAUAUGUAUGUACAUUACGAGUCUAUAUUGGUUACCUACCAAAGUCAACUGAGUCGGGAGUUGCGAUUUUGUGUUAUGAUCGAGUACUACAUUUUUUUGACAAAAUCAGAAAACACAACCUUCAGCAAAUGGUUUUACGGCAAUCAGUGGGAUUCUCCCAUCAAUGUACCGCACUAUUCCGUAGUACUUAGUUUGCAAUUUGUUCAAUAAUUUUAUUGAUCGACGUAGUUUAAAAAGCUUUUACCCCCAUUCUAGAACUAUUAUAUAAACCACUGCGUAAGGUUAUUAUAAUAUAGUUGCCAGUAUACUAGGGGUAGAAACUAUGGCAAUAUUUUUUUGCGGAUGGCUACUGAAAUUAAUAUAUUUUGAAACGCAUUUAACAACCCUUAGCUUUCUUUUUUGGGGAUAACUGUUCAAAUUAUUAGGCAGCAUUACUCAAAUUUUGUCUAAAAUC